AUUAUUGAGGCACCGCCCUGGAGGUGGACUGUGUUUGCGGAUUGCGAAACGCAGGUGCGGACAGUGCAGAUCGCCGCAUCUGAGUGUCCACUCGAAUUGCUCCGCCUAUCCGACUACAACGGCGUGCUCGCGCGGGUCGACUCGAUCUGUAACAGCAGCUUUGAUAAUUUUUUCCUCGUAGAACCUCGUUUGGUAGGCGGGUCCACUGGCCCGCUUGGUUUCCAUUUAACAACUGAUGUAGAGACGCUGGUGCGUCAAGCUCAAGAAGGCACGCGACGACUGGAAAUCAGGGCGAAAGCAAGAAAAAAGCAAGCUGACGCUGCUCGAGAUGCGCAACGCAAUCU